CUCAUGGGGGGCCAAGGAAGGGGCUCCGUCUCUUAAAACCCUCCAGCGCUCCGUCCAGCAGCCCAGUGCCCUUUCCCGGAUUACAGCGUGGAGAUGUGCUCUAUAGGAUUCGCCAGGUCUCUGGGUUUCGCCCUGGUCCCUCUCGCCACCUGCUGUAUUGUAGCAAACGUCCUGCUGUUUUUUCCUGAUGGACAGCUGAACUACGUCCAGGAGCAGCACGUGACACAAUAUAUCUGGUUCUUCAUGGGAAUCGGAGGCGGUGGCCUGGCUAUGCUGAUUCCGGCCUGUGUGUUCCUGGGAAUGGGGAAGUGUGUGUAUUCCUGUGGGACAGAGAGCUGUGCGAUGUGUGGUUCGGUGAUAGCAGCUCUGAUAGGAUUAGCCGGAUCUGGAUACUGCUUCCUGAUUUCCGGUCUGGCGCUCCUGAGGGGCCCGUUCUGCUUCACUAGACUGGGAUGGAUAUAUCCUUUUGAGCAAGAUGAGGGACGGUAUCUGUUUGCCCGAGAGCGAUGGUCUGAAUGUAUUCAGCCGAACCACAUCGUGGAGUGGAACGUGACGCUGCUGUCUAUCCUGUUGGGUCUCAGCACCCUGGAGUUCCUCAUCUGUUUCCUGCAGUUCAUUAGUGGACUGGUUAAUGCAGUGUGCCGACCAUGCUGCUACAAACAGGAGUAUAGCCUAAACGCUUGAGGAGAGACGAAUGCUCAGCUUCAGUCAAUCAGAAACACCACUGCUGACCUGCAGGAGAAACACUGAGCCAAUCAAUCACACACUUCACAACACACUGGGUCCAGACUGCACAAUAUUUGUGUCUGUUGCCAUAGUUACUUCAUCACAUUCUGUGACUUUGAACUGCUGAUGUUGUGUCUACUAACUACGUUGCUUCCUAGCCAUCGAUAUAGAAACGAGAGAGUAAACAUCAUAAAGCCAUUCCACCAUUGCAUUAUGGACCCUUUUCACAAGACUGUUAUAACACGUUUAACGCCUUAAAUCCAUGAACGUAUUUAUUAGAUAUCUUGAAUUAUAUGAUGAAUCUUCAAGUGCUUAUCAUAACAUAAUGUUUUUUCUAUCCUCUCAUGCUGCCUUCAUCCCAGACGUGGAUGAAGUGUCAAGCCCAAGUGAUUUACAUGUUAAGUCAAUGCAAAGGUGCAAAUAGACAUCCUGCGGUGCGUUUCGCUUGAAUGAGGCGGCGCGAAUGACCGGAUAUGUGUGAAUAAAAUGGCGCAAAUAUCUAUAUAUAUAUAUAUAUAUAACGCGUAUAUCGCACGAAUUGCUGGAGUUGGAAAAUCUGAACUUCAGCGGACAUUCACACCGCGUAAACCAAUCAGGAGCUUUCUCUUGUUAUGACGUAGUGCCUGUUACUGGUGUCCCGAAGAGAAAUCCUCUUGCCGACAUAGGACAAUAAAGUCCAUGUUAGCCAUUUAGCAAUAAAGCUAGAGUCACCGGGCAGACAGAAACUGGGCCCAUGAUGCGAAUUUACGUCUAUUGUGAAGCACAAAUGAAGUGAAUUCAUGUGUCUAUUCACGAUCAAAUAGCGUGAUUUGUUCACACGUUCCGCGUCUGGUGUAAACACAGCAUUAUGGGUCUGUUAUUACAGCAUGUUCAUAAUAUCUGAGCGCCGCAUCUUGUGUUUUUAGAAACAAACGGUGUGAAUGAGCUCUAAGGGUGUGUGUAAAUGCAACUCAGGCUCAUUACAGAUACGUACCCAGAUCUACAUUUCAGUAAAAUACAUAAGUAGAGGUACGUUUGUUCACAGUUUUUGUUUUUGCAAAUCCACAAGAGGCCGCUGUGUACACUUUUUGAUGGUCUCAAACUUCUCUUGCAUGUCCUCUACUUGCAUAAAUACACCAGAGUGUUUUCGACUGACCCGACCACCCCCUCCCUAAAUCCAACCGAUAGUGUUUUCAAAAGCAAUCUAGAAAUGUUUUGAGCCUGCCAUAUGUAUUUACUCCACAUCCCAAGUCCAUUGGCAUAUUUGGCGCAAACUGGUAACACCGGAAAACUUGUCCACAUGGAGGUAAUUGGUCAACUGGUAGCGUGAAAAGAAACAAGUUGUUGACGGCGUCAUACCACCCUGUAGCUUUCGUUUUACAGAAUAAAUGGAGCCAGAUGUACCUCUAGGUACAUAUUUCGCGCUCUCCAGAAAUGUAGACAAGGGUACGGAUCCACAAUGAGCCUGUGUUGCAUAAAUGACAACAAUAUACAAAAUCAAAGAAAUGUUUUGCAUGCAAAUGACAACAUUAUCAAAAUGAUAUUGGCUAUCAAACUACAAAUGCAAAUGUUAGGCAAGUUAAGUUAGGCAAGUUAAGCUAGGCAAGUUAAUCUAUUAGCUUGCGAUGACACUUUGCAAAGAAACACACUCCUGCAAACAUGCGGUCCUGUGGUUGUUGGAUUAUUUAAUACUCACUCAUGUCUACACUGUUAACAAUUUCCUGAAAAAUCGAAAAAAAAUCUACGGUAACUUACCAGCAGCAGUUCGACAUAACUAACUGUAAAUCAAUUACAGGAAAAAUACUGUAUUUACAUUUACAGCAGCAUUUAUCUUGCUGUAUAUGUAUUUACAGGACUGUAUAUCUUUACUGUAAAGUACAGUAAUUUUCACAAUGCAACUUUAAAAUACAAUAAUAUGCUGCAUAAUUGUUCUACAGUAAAAUUCAGUUUAUAUUACAGUUCAGUUUGUCAGUAACUUACUGUAAAUCAAUUACAGCAAAAAUACUGUAUAAUACUCCAGCCAGGUCUGCAGUGCAUGUUUUCUGUAUAGAACAAACAUUGCUAACACUUUAGUUUAGGUCACAAUUUGCAGUAUUAGCAAACCACUAUCUAGCACUGCUAGCUUAAUAAACAACUAAUUAGCUGUUUAUUAAUAGUUAGUAAGGUAGGGUUUGGGUGGGAUUAGAGAUGCAGAAUAAAAUCAACUGGAUAUGAACAGUUAAUAUCUUAAUAAUAGGCAGGUAAUAAGCCAGUAGUUAAUAGCAUAAAUUGUGACCUAAACUAAAGUGUUAUCAAAACAUUUGUAUUAUUUCGCGACCUGCGAUGUGAUGCAUUUUUCUAAAAUAUAAACGUAUUUUUGUAUGAGUUCUGUUCAUUUUUUUUGUACAGGAAGUUGUUUUGUAAAGUAUUUAAAUAUUAAGAGUAACUAGAAAUUAUGAAUAUUGUUUUAUAUACAUCUGUAAUAUGUUUAAGUGCGCACUUGCAUUAAUAAAUGUGUUUCAUUUCA